GGCUUGUAUUGAGUUGUGCUUGUAGAGCUUUGAUCUGAGACUGUUCUGUUCUGUUCUGUUCUGUGUACUGUUACCCCCUCUUUCCACCGAACCUUUAUCAAGUGUCGCUUUCAAAGAAGUAUUGUGUUGGUCAGAGUCUGCUCACCUCUAGCCAAUCCUGGUCCCUCUCCUCCUCCUUAUCACAUGUUUGCUUCAAUCACGGUCAGGCUGGAGAAUGACUGAACAUUGAAAGUCCCACCCACUUUUGUUGGCUAUUAAACACAUGGAUUUGGAUAUGGAUCAAAACUUAGGAUAUCUGCUGGAAAAACCGAAUGCAUUGCAGGUUUGUCUUUCUCCUCAUGCCUCAAGUUAAACAUGAUUGUCAUGUGACGGUGGAAUUGGUGGACCUGAAAUCUGACUGCGCCAAAUUAAGACUGUAGAGUUGAUCUUGUGAACGAUGGAUGAAGAUCUGAAAAAGCCGAACACUCACAAUGGGAGCAUCUCGGGUGCACUGGAAGCCAAAAAGCACGAUCAGCCAAAAGCAGCAGUUCUGCAGAAGAAUGUGGGUCUCGUAAGCGGCAUCUGUCUUAUAGUGGGAACAAUGAUUGGCUCAGGGAUUUUCGUUUCUCCCAAAGCGGUUCUGGAGGGGACUGGAGCAGUGGGCCCGUGUCUGUGUGUGUGGGCGGUGUGUGGAGUGCUGGCUACGAUGGGGGCCCUCUGUUAUGCUGAACUAGGCACAAUGAUCAUGAAGUCUGGUGGAGAGUAUCCGUACUUGAUGGAGGGUUUUGGGCCAGUGCUAGCAUACCUAUAUUCCUGGACCACGAUCAUCGUGUUGAAGCCUUCGUCAUUUGCCAUCAUCGCCCUGAGUUGUGCUGAAUAUGCCUCCACGCCGUUUUACCCAGGGUGCACUCCUCCUCAAGUGGUCACCAAGUGUCUGGCUGCAUCUUGUAUCUUAAUAAUUACAGUCGUCAACUGUCUGAGUGUGAAGCUGGCCUACAGAGUGCAGAACUUUUUCACAACAGCCAAACUCUUGAUUAUUGUCAUCAUUGUGGUUUCAGGCAUCAUUCUGCUGGCUCAAGGCAAUACACAGAAUCUUAGAGACCCAUUUGCAGGGGCAACAACAUCAUUUGGAGCAAUUGGCCUUGCAUUUUACAAUGGACUAUGGGCUUAUGAUGGAUGGAAUCAGCUUAACUUCAUAACAGAAGAGCUGAAAAAUCCAUACAGAAACCUUCCCCUGGCAAUAAUCAUUGGGAUUCCCCUGGUAACUGUGUGCUAUAUAUUAGUCAACAUCGCAUAUUUCAGUGUCUUGACCCCUAUUGAAUUUCUGCAGUCUCCUGCCGUUGCUGUGACCUUUGGUGACAGAGUGCUGUACCCAUUAUCAUGGAUUGUGCCUUUAUUUGUGGUCUUUUCCACUUUCGGUGCAGCCAAUGGGAGCUGUUUCACCGCAGGCAGGCUGACAUAUGUGGCGGGACGGGAGGGCCACAUGGCUAGGAUCAUGUCAUUCAUCAGUGUGAAACGUUACACACCUUCUCCAGCUCUAAUAUUUAAUGGCUUCCUGUCAAUCAUCUACAUCAUGCCAGCAGACAUAAACACUCUCAUUAAUUACUUCAGUUUUGCUCAGUGGGUUUUCUAUGGGCUCACAUGUCUUGCGCUCAUUGUUAUGCGAUUCACCAGGAAGGAUCUUCAGAGACCUGUCAAGGUCCCGAUAGUCAUCCCUGUUUUGGUGGUGAUUGUGUCCUGUUAUCUGGUUCUUGCUCCCAUCAUAGACAAGCCUGAGUGGGAAUACCUGUACUGCACAGUGUUCAUAGUCGGUGGUCUCCUCUUAUAUGUGCCCUUCAUUUACUACAAAUUCAACUGGACUCAGCGCAUCAUGAGGCCACUCACCAUGCAUCUUCAGCUGCUACUGGAAGUUGUUCCACCUGAAAAGACUGCGUGACAGACUUCACACUGGAGGACAGACACAGAUGUAAUAACCAGCAAUGGACAACAGACUGAUCCAUGAAAGAGUGGAUAAAGGGUUCUUAAAGGGAACAUGGAGCGAUUUUUGUAUUAUUUUAUUAUUAUUUCUAAUGCCUGACGAUCCAUUGUUUGACAGGUAUUUCCUGAGUCACAGCAAUGUGUUUUUUAUUUUUUUUCUAUUUGUGUAUUGUGUGUUAUUAUAUGCACUCUUGUUGUACAGAAUAGCAGUGAUAAGUUUAUUGAACUCAAAUUUAUGAAUUGUAAAGAAAUUAACUAUCCAGAGUAAAAUUAUUUUUCCUUGAA